UACGCGGCGACGUUCGCACGACCUCCAGCCCUGUUGUCCCAUCUGAGCGAAGAGAUGAAGGAACGCUUUAGGGCGGCAUACCUAGAGGAGCCGUACUGGAAGCGCCGGUACGAGGAUUCGGGACUCGCGAGCGACACUUGGACUCCCGGAAGGCGCUACUACAAGUCGGACGAUGGCCUUCUCUUCUUCCUUGACGCAGACUACCUGCCGCGCUUAUGCGUCCCGGACAAGUUGGUAGGCGAGAUCCUCAUCUCAGCGCACGAGGAGCCGAUGGAAGGCGGACAC